AUGAGGACGGCCUGGAUCUCUUCAAGAUGCCGACAACUUGAAUCACCCAUAGAACGGCCUGCAUUCGAGUUCGCUGUUAUCUACUUCCACCACUCACAAGAUUGGGAACUGUCCACGGAAAUGAUGGAGGACACACUUCAGCUCGAAUCCACACAAAACCUUCCAGCGAGGGCCAUAGACCCUCUCAAGCUGAUAGGCCUGUUACGUUCCCAGUUUGGACUUGGUCGCUAUGAGAUAUCGAUGAUCAGAAGCUCCUACAACAUCCGCAUCCCCAGACAGCUUUCUCUGGACGAAAUCGCACAGUGCAGAGGGGUCUAA